AUGGCGGAGGCGCUGAGGGUCUCGGACGCUGAUCUUCUGGUGUACGUCCACCCUUCCAACGCCAACAGGAUUCAGAAAGCACUGUGUCGUCAGCUCAGCGUCGCCCUCUUCGCGUGAGUCUCUUCCAAUUUCCUCCUCCUCGUCAUGCUGUUACUUGCAUCGCGGGCGUCUGCGGGAGAAUGAAGGAUGUAUGUAAUCUUGGCGUUUUCUGGGGAGGAAUGAGAUUGGCGACGAUAGCUCCUUCGGUUAGGACAGAUAACGCGGAACCCCGCUGCUGUUCCUUUCACGUUGGGGUCUCGUUGUGAGAAAAUGUGCCUUUUUGUGUUGCUAUGUUUGUAGAACAGAACGAAACUUCACGAAUCCGUGGGAAGCAAUGGAGGACGAGCUUGACGAGUUCGUGCUGAUUAAUUCUUUUGUCACCUUCGUGGGGACUGUCGCCACGAUUUAUACAGAAAGGAUACUAUUGCUUGAAAAUUCAAGCAGGUCAUGUGAUUCUGAUGCCAGCUCCAAUGCAAUUCAGCACGAUAGGCUUGUUUCUUUGAUAUAGGUCAGUGGUGACGACAAUAUUGUACUUGCCACUUCCAUAGAGGGCGAAAUUGACGCAAUUUCAAGCGACUGCAAAUGAAACAGAGUUCAUCAUAGUCUGAAAGCUAUAAUCUAUGGGGUUGAACCUCUUCAUGUUUUAUCAAUUGAUUGCCUGUUGAAACCAUUGCGUCUACCUUUGGACUUUCGAUGAUCUCCAUUAACAUUUAAGAAAAUGGAUGUUCAGUAGAGGAAGAAUAAUUGACCUUACUGGAAAUCAAACAAAAUGAAUUAGCAUGUAAUAUUAAAAGUUUAAGGUAGACCAUUAUCAAAAUACUAUGAUAUUGUUUACGAAUAAAUUUUGAAAAUGUGGAUGAUGAUAAUUAUGGUGUCUGUUUAUUGACUAGGGGAUAAGAAAAGUGAUCAUGAAAAAUGGAAGGUCACGGCUGUAUUCCAUUGUUUUUUGUGUUAAUUCGUUCAGAUGGUAUAGCACUUAAAUGUUUUUCUGGCUUAGUUGCAGAUUAGCUUUGUGAAGUUAUCUCACAAACUUGGUAACCUAUUGCUUCUAUUCAGUUGUCGUUCUCUUUUAUCUAAAAAAUAAUUUUAAAUUGAUACAUAGUCAUCAAUAUGAUACCCUGAGGCCAGGGCUCAUGUUUUCUAUGACUGAAGUUCCAACGGAUUUACAAUUGACAUCUGUACUUUGAUCGAUUGUCUAAGAGUUUUUUCUAAAGGGCUACUUCAAAAUUAUGUUGUCUGCUGAUGAGCGGAGUUCAUAACCGAUGUUGCCCACCAAAUCAAAGUUGCUUGUCUAAAGAAGAGACAUCUUAUAAAUCAUUGUUCCUAUUAAAUAAGGAUUUCUUUACCUUAUCAUUCAACACUGAUAGAGAGCACUGAAUCCCUAGGAUUUUUCUGCGCUGCCAUGUGAUGUUGUGGUAGGAGAGAGCUUCGAGGUUUAUCUCUCUACCUAGGGAGAGAUCACCAAGUUAGAGGAGACAAAUCUCGGAUAGACUUUUUGUGUCCUGAUGUUUGAAGGUAAAGCUUUCUGUUCUAGCCCUAAAAUAUCAAACAUCCAUGCUCCUUUAAAUUUGAUAUCUAGAUUCCAUGGCCACUGAUCUUAGUCCAGUGCCAUUUUUGGCCUGUCGAAUUACUUGUAUUUUGGCCACUUCGUGUGUUAAUUGAUGCUUCAGUGAGAUCUUAUGAGUUAUUCUCCUCAUUUUGAUGAUUUAUGGCAUUUCAUAGCCCUGAAAUGAGCAUAGUUGCAAGAAGAGUGAAGCCGAAAUCAAAUGCUUGCUAGAACAUCUUUGAAAAUACCAACAUGUGGAUGGAAAAAUCAUUUCUCCAACUCCAGUUAUCCUCUCCGAGGACAACCGUGAAUGAGUUGCCCCCAAAAGAUCUUCCUCGCUGCAUAUAAGGGGAUAUAAAAUGUGUUUGGAAUCAGGGAGAUGGGUCAUGGCACUGGAUGUAGCUGCUGGCAAUCAGCCCUUUGAGAUGGAUAGAGCAGUUGUAACUCUACCCACAUCCAAAUUUGGCUGAUUGAUACUGACUCGCAUGACUUUGAGCUACAAGGGAAUUGAGUCCGAGUUGGAUUGAUACUAGUCAACCUAACUCAGUUUUAAAGUCUGUUGAGCCAGUAAUAGGGCCGACUCCCAAGUGGUAGUCCUUUCAUUCAUUUAGCUAAUGAGGCACCAUGUUCAUGCUAUUUUCUGCUAAUGCAAUUCUAAAAUCUAGUAUGAUUUUGGGUUUUUACUGUAACUGAACAGUGAAGCUCCGUUCACACAUUUAGGAAUGCUGAAGAAUGUUUAUUUUGUAAGCUUACUGGAAUACUAAAAUACUUUUUUUUUUUCAGGUUUAAUGAAACUUUCGAUGGUGUGUUGUUGGCUUAUUCCUUUGGUCUUCCAAGUAAAACUGCAAGGAUUCUUCCAGGACUCAUACCAUAUCUUUGUGUGAACGUGAAAGCAAAACUGUUGUUAUUUUCUCCGAGACAGGAUAUGCUAUUAGGUAAUUCUGAUUCUUUCAAAUUGUUACCUAAUUUUGAAUUGAUUGAUUUGUAUAACUGAAUACUAUAGCAAUAAAUUUGUUAUUUCCAUUUGUAUCUUAUUUUACAAUCUAGUUGUGCAGUCACGGAAGCCCAGAGUAUUAGAGUACCAAAUAUUUAACAGUUUUAAACCCCAACAUAUGGCGCUUAAUUCUUUGGAUAGCUUAGCUCAUUCCUAGAUGCUGUAGCCCAGCAUAACUUAUCAUGAGGACUGAACUGAACCAUAUGAAAGUUUAACGAACCAGGUUGCAUUUUCUUAACUUGGUAAAAUCUAGUGAACCAUCUAGUCAAUGCAUAAAUAGACCGAGUUGGGCCUAACCCUUAUUUGGGUGCAGCCUGUGCUCUGAGGAGGUCCAACCUGUAAUCUUGGAAUGUUAGCAAUAAUCCUCCGAGGUCGCACUCCUGAGAUUCAUGAUUCUCAGGAUCACUGAGGCCAUUCGUACUAGGCUAGUCUUCCAAGCUAUUGUUGGUCCAACAUAAAGCUGCUCACAUGGGGGCGGUGCAGGUGGGGGCCCUGUCUCUUGUACCGAAGGUCAGUAAAACAUUUCAUCCUAAUCCAAUGUCCAUCCUAGUAGAACUGCUAAAAAGGUUUGGUCCUUAAAAAAAACUUCUAUGCUUUGCUAAUCAAUGCCUAAUUUGUCAUGUUCUUCACUUGCCAGUUAAUAAUUCAACACAACAUUUUCUACAGGUUUCGAGUUCCAACUAUGCUUGGAUCUAGGAGCCCAAAGAUCCCAUUCUUCUUCUUCUUCUUCUUCUUCUUCUUCUUAUUUUAUGUUGUAAAUAAUGUUUUGUGCUCUUCAAAAAUUGCAUUGCGAAUAGUUUUUUUUUAAUAUCUAGUUUGAUAUUAUUUCUGAAUAAUUGCGUAUUUUUAUGAUUUUAACAUUUUUUUUUGCCAACUAUUUACAUAUAACAUUUUUACAAAAUAGUGUUGCUUAGUUUCAUCAUCUUGUUUCCUAGGCGUAAUGUCAUAUACUCGACUAUGUUGAUUUCUUGGACAACCUCGCCUUGGUGAUGGCCUCUUUUUCUUUCAUGAAAUUGAUAUUCUGCGUAUUUUUAAUUUUUUUUCAAUCUGAGUCUUAAGUUUAUUGAACCCUGUCAAUGCUGGUACAUGUUUCCAUGUCAAUUCAAAAACUUAAGACAUGAAGAAAAGGAAAAUUUAGUGCCUUAAACUAUCCUUUGAUCAUGUGGAUUCUAAGUAUUCUCCAAUUUGUUACUUUCAGAAGGGAAGGUGGUUAAGCUGAACAAGGAAACUAUUUAUGUGGUUGUACUAGGGUUUUGUGCUGCAGCCAUCACAUCAGAAAAUAUUCGUGAAGAGUUUAGAUAUAAAAUUGUGAGUUGACAGCUGUAACUUGAAAGAUUUUCUGGUUAAAUAUGCUAUGUAAAGAGCUCUGCUAUAUACAGUAUCACUUUAUAUCAUCAACUGCACUCAUUUAGUGGUUUAUCAAUAUUUUUACAGAAGGGUGGACAUGGGAUGUUUUCCAGCACUGCUCACAAACGUCAUGUUAUUAAACCAGGAACUAUACUACGAUUUCUUGUCAAAAGGUGUGAUUCAUAAUUUGUGAAAUGCCUUUUGCUCGUUAAUGACAUUACCUCAAAACCUCUGGGUUAAAGUGUCUGUUUCUCGUUACUCUGCGAUUCAAAUCAUUCAUUAGCGUUUAGUUUAUAAAUGUUGAUUAAGGUCACUGAUAUUCUUGUUCUCCUAAAUUCUAUAAAUGAAUACUUUUGGAUGUCGAAUCAUUUAAUGCUUAUCAGAUGUACUAAUUGGCAUUUGUCUUACGAUUACUAGUCUAAAGAAGAUCUUAUGUGCAAGCUUUUUCGAAAUCGUUUGAGCAGCACUCUGAAAACAUUUUUACCAAUACUAAUUUUGGUUAUUAUACGACUUACCAUGCAGCUAAGUUCAGUAUUUUCUUUCAUGACUUCUCUGUAUAGAUUUUCCUAUGUUAUGGUUCUAUUGCCUAUAUGUUGUUUGGUUUUCGGAGUCAUGCUUUACUGGGAUUGUAUUAUCAAUUUCCUUGAGUUACACUCUGUCUACCAUCACUUUAAAAAAAAUCACCUUAGGGAAAAGCUCUUUAUGCUCAUUCAAUAAGUUUUAUGGCCUGUGUGUCACCUUAAUGAGCAUUUCUCUCCAAUGAUUUUUGAUUAUAAAACGGAGAUUGGAUUGGUAGCCAGAGUGGUUGGAUCUUAGAUGUGUGGAGGUGAACGAUCUAACACAUAAAGAAAUAGUUUUGAUUAAAGAAGGAAAUAGAAGGGUUUGCCAGAUUAGUUGCUGCUCAGACUUGUGAAGAUGUAUCUGAGGUGACACGUAAGGUGUUUAUGGAGCUGUCCAAGGGUUAUUCUCCGUGAUGUACUUUAUCAAAGAGUAUGCUUAACCUGGGAACUAAUUGGAGACUCUUGACUUGACUAUAGGUAAUGCAUCCAGUCCAAAAGAGGAAUCUGUUAUAUCCUAGUAAAAAAAUGAUUUCCUUUUUUCUGUCAGAUCGUUGCUCUGGAGAUGUUGUUAUACCAUACCCGUGUAGAACGUGUCGGGUUCAUGAUUCAGGUCUUCUUUGGGGGCAUAUAAAACCAGAGAUGGGUGCUUUUUAGAAGCUUCGCUGUUGUGGAAAUGAUUGCUAUGUGCAAAAGGUUUCAGUAUCUAGGAGACAAAUGGUCUCUAUCAUCUCUGUGAAAGAUUUUACAGGAGGUUUCGAUGUGGACAUAUAUGAUCUGAAUAAGGAGAGGAAGAUUGAUUUUUUCAUUUCAUGUAUAUAUGGACUUCGGUAUGCCAGUAGGCUGCAUAAAUUAGGUUUGUGGCCCUAGAGCUUAAAUAGCAGGUCUGAUACCCUGUCAAAGUUAGUUGGGGAUAUCUAACUCAUAACUAAGUGUCAAUAAACGGAGUGGACAGAUCUAUUUUAAAACUCAGUUUUACUUAAAAUGGGAUUUUUUCUAAUAAACUUUGAUCAAGGUAUGUGCGACCCUUCAUCUUUUUGCGAAGUUAUACUGUCUUUUUCCCGGGAUGCAUCUGAGAAUCGCAUGACUAUUAUCGAGCUCAUAAUCUUUUUUACUUUGGCUCAACAUGAGGGAACCUGCACCAUUUUCAGGGACGGCCAUCUCUAUUAUUUUUGUUGGAGGCUUCACCUCAAGAUUCCCCACACCACAGUACCUAUUUUUCUGAUAUUUUCAAACUCUGAAUCAGAUUCUCUCUCUGGCACGGGAUGGUGAAGUGAAACGAUUGACUUGGAGGAUCUAUAGCCCUUGAUCACUUUAGUCAUUCAUUGGGGAUAUAAAUCUUAUGGCAGAGAUUCAUUCAUUGGGUUUUCUAAAUUCCUAUUUCCGAGGAACUGCGCCCGCCCUAAAAAUGUUUGCAGCCAGUUGUAAAAUGUUUCUGAAAACCUGCACUGCUCCUUUAAUGACAAGCACGUCAAUUCUCUUACAAAUCACCAUUAUAUUUUAUUGGCAACUCUAAUGCUCAUCCGUGUUCGAGAGAUGGAAUGGAAUCUCCUUUAGCUUACAUGGUUUGUAUUGCAUGCUUUCUCAUUUCCCCUAUAGUAACCUUUCUCAUUUCCAUGGUUUGUAUUGUAUGCUUCAUGCUCCAUCUCGACACGUAUCGAUCAAUAAGGAUGUGCUGUUUCUGAGCAGCUCCGCUCAUACUUAAUUGGAAACUCAGAGGAAAAUGUCUCACCGCUUGUAGUUCUUGAUAUCAUCUAGUUCUUCCUAUUUAUGAUGUCCUGGUUCAAUUUCUUAACUGAAAUUAUCAAUGUCCAUCUCCCGAUCUCCUGCUUCCUUGCCAGUUUCACGAGGAACUUGGAAGGUAUGUUUGGUUUUCUGGAAAGGAUUAUAAAUGGAAAAAUAAUAGCUGUUGGAACUAAUUAUUUUAUUCCGUGACAUACAACAAAUCUUUCAUGUGGUUUCCUUCCUGCAAAACCUGUUGCGUGGACUCCUGUCCCUACUAGAAGGACACUUUCUAGUCGUCAUUUGACCUCCAUGUUAGAUGACUUCUGAAAUCAGGCUUGAGUGGUAUUAUGCGGUUAUGGAAGGCGUUGCUCUGGUAAAAGGCAAGAUGAUUCAUGUUGCUUGCUACACGGGCAGGCAUCACUAUGAACGUCAUGAUUCAUCGCCCAAUUCCGUGGUUGUUAUUCAUCAUUUUCCUCGUUCACUGAACAACAUUGUUUCCAUCAGUUAUUUCUGUUUAAUCUGAUGGCCAGUUUUGAGGGAGUAGUGCGCCAGAUACAUUGAUAAUAAUUAGUAGAUGGCAUUGCUUAUGCGGUCAAUGAUCAAUUAAAACCUCACACUGAGGAGUUUGGAGUUGAUUCCUUGGUUCUGUCUAUGAUCUCUUUUGCACAUGACGAUAUUAUUUUUGUUGCCAGUUUUGACGAAGAAAUACUCCACAUAUCUGGUUCAUUAAUCCCAGCACACACUGGUUGCCUUCGCUGGUUAUCCAAGCAUGGCACAGCCGAAGACUCAGAGUUUGAUGGGUGCGUCAUGUUUCCAUCUCAAGUAGAGAUUUUUGUGCAUGAUUUCUCAGUUCAGACUUAAUCUUUUAAACUUGAACGAUGUCGGGAGGAUGCUAACAGAAGCUCCAUGGGGAACAUUGUUCUGGCUCGCUACUAUCCCAAGAUAGAAACUCCCGACUCUUUUUUGAAGAAGUAUUUAUUUCUGUUUUUGUUUGAAACUAUCGACAGGAGUGAGAAGUCUUGCAGAGGGGAUGGAGAUAUUAGCAGGGACGAAGGCAAUGGGCUGCUUAAUGAAUGUGAUGCUACUGCUCUGCGAAGUAAGUCCAGAAGAACCACUUAAGCCCCAAAAAGGAAAUGCCCCCCCUGCAGCUCAUCACUGUUCUUUCACUGUUGCGUGGCUGCAGCAUCUGCAUGAUUCUUUCACCAAAUUUCGGAUUAGUCCUUGGAGUCCCCUUUCUCUCAUCUCACUUUUGAUGUUCGUCUAGAGAUUUAUACUCGAAUGGCAGUCUGAUGGGCAAUUUUGGGCUCUGUAUGGAGACUCUCCGCUCAUCUGUUUAUGCCUUUUAGACAUUGUUGAGCUCUCCUCUGUUUAAAUUUCACCCAAGUUUGGGAUUUGAUUUUGAUCAGGUCAGAGAGAUUUUCUUCUAUUUUUUUCCUUCUCUGUCUGCCUAGUCUAUAUGGGCGUCUCUUCCAUUCAAUUCAAAUCAUCCGUAUAUUAUCCAAGUGAAUAGAAAAAAAUAUAAUGUUUUGACUUUUUCUUGUAAUGUUUUUGGAUAUGCUGUGUACGAUGCAGUCGUAAAUGGGAACUCGGUCAGGAUUUUUGGCUGGCCAAGAUCUAUUUAUUGUAUAAGGGUAAAUUUUAGGAGGCUUUUAAGCUAUUUUAUUGUCCAAAUAAAGAUAGAGAUGUAGUGUUAAUAUGAUGGUAGUCAACAGAGAGAAUCUAACUAGGCUGUUGUCCGGGUUCUCUAGUCGUCUAGCGAGCCGGCUCGUCUUCCUUCCCACGCCUUGCAAAUCUUAGAAAAAUGGUAUCAAGUGGGGAGAGAGAGAGAGAAAGAGAGAGAGAGAGAGAGAGAUGGGAACUAGCAGGGAUUUCAGAAGAAGAUUGUGCUCAUCUAGAGUACCUGUGAGUUACAAGGUGUAACGUUUUCAGAGCCAACUGAGGUCCUUUGAGCAUGGCGCCCUCUACAAAGAAAAAAGAAAUCUCAUAACUCUUCGCUGGCACCUCAUAAUGUAAUGCAUGAACAUUUGAAGCCAUUAUUACCUUCACAAGAUCCCUAUCGUUGA